AUGUAUUUUUCAACUACUAAAAAAACGACAGAACCUUGUCCUAUUUCAUCAUCGUCUAUCGUUACAUCGUCAUUGAUCUCAACCAGUGAUAGUAAUCCUAUCAGUGAUGACUCCACAGUAUCAUCUUUACAAUCAUAUGGAGAGAGAAGCAACACAUUAAAACUUGUUACACGUUCAACAUUAAAUCACUCAAAUGAUUAUUACACAAGUAAACGUAUUGAAGAAUUACACGAACGAAUGGAUGAUAUUCAAAUAGCAAGUUUUUUAAAAUUUAUUAAUUAUCAUCUAUCAUUGAAAAAUAAUGGAAAAAUAAUUCAAAUAAGCGAUUUAUCAAAUGGAAUUAUUUUAAUUGAUCUAAUUGAAAUUUUAUCAUUGCAAAAAUUAAAACGUGAACGUGGUCAUACACGUUUUCAUUCAUUAACUAAUAUUCAAUACGUUUUAGAUUAUUUAAAACAACGCAUGGAUCAUAUCGAUAUAUCUCCAUAUGAAAUAUUAUCAGGAAAUCGUAAACAAACCUUAGCCUUAUUAUGGAUCAUCAUGAAAAUAUUUGAUUUUCCAUCGUUUCGAAUAAACGAUCGAAAUUGUUUACUAGAAAAAACACUCUUAGGUUUUGGACAAGAUCGUAGUAUUACUAUACAUUGGUUGAAUAAUAUUUUAAAUCAUAGUUUAAAUACGCAAGAAACAUAUAUUAGAGAUUUUUAUUUCAAAACAUGGACGGAUGGCUAUUAUUUAUCAAUAAUUAUUAAAUAUUUAAUACCAUUAAGUUUAAAAUAUUCAACAAUUGAAUGUUUUGAUUAUGUAAAAGAAUUAAAUGAAUUAACUCCUUAUGAUAAAGCCCGUUUACAUUUAUGUUUAAUCAUUUCCAAUUAUUGUUUUAAUACCAUAGCAGUUUUAGACUUUGCAGAUAAAACUGAAAUUUCUUUAUUUAAAUAUUUUACUCAAUUACAACAACACGUUUUUGAUAUUAUCAAAGCAAACCAAAUAGGAAAAUUAAUUCAAAAUAACUCAUAUGCUAAACAAGUACUUGAUAUAGCUAUUCAAACAAGAGCAGAACAUUCGAAGCAUAGUGUUACUAAUGAUGAACAAUAUUUAAGUUGUAUAGAAGAUGAUCAUCAGCAAGCUUCAACAGAAAAACAUACGAAAUCAAUACUACCCGAUAAAUGUGAUUUAAAAUCAUCGAAUGUUACUGUUGAAUCGUCAAGUUUACAAAAGUCAAAAUUGUUGCAUGAUAAACAACACGAAAUAAAAUUGUCACAUGAAAAAUUUUUACAGAAAACAAAGCAUUUACAAAGUAAUUCUCACAUGGCAAAUACUCAGAAUGGCGCGCUGAAACAAGAACGGAAUGAAGUAGUAACUUAUGAAUCACAAAAUUGCAAUGGCAUAGUAAAAAAGUCAGAACAAUUUGUAGUGUCAGCUAAACAAGCCGAACAGCAGAUAGAUAAUAACGUAAAAGUCAAGCACUCAACAGUUCAAGCUGACUGUGUCACGCACUCUUUAUCAACAAUUGAACAAUCUGCCAAUACCAAUGAAAAACAAGCCGAAACAAUCGUAACAAACAUUAAUGGAAAUGCCGAAUCAUCUAUAAGUGACAUACAAGAAUGGGAAAAAUUUCUCGGGCCAAAUAACGAAGGUCAGCAAGCCGUAAAAGGUCAAGAAGCGUUCGAACACACUACCACAUCACACGAAGAAAUUCAACAGUCGACUUCAACAAUCGAACAGUCAUCGCAAUCUAUAAUCUUAAAUCAGCAUUUGCCGCAAACUGCAACAGCGAAAUCAACCAAUGAAUUAAUUGUAGAAAAACAGACCGAAACGAUCGUUGCAAACAUUAAUGAAAACGCAGAAUCAUCUGUAAGUGAUGUACAAGAAUGGGAAGAAUCUUUCGAACCAAAUGAUAAAAAUUUAGUAUAUACUACCACAUUACAAAAAGACAUUGAAGAAUUGCAACAACAAUCUACGACUUCAAGCCAAGACGAUGAGCAAUUCAAAACAGAAUAUAAAAUUGUAGAAGAACAAAUGCGGUCAUUUGAAGACACUGAACGAUCUAAAACUUUAAAUGAAGAAGAUAAACUUGAAAAACAAGAACAAAUUGCAUCAGCAAUUGAACAAAACGUUCAAUACGAAUCAUCUGUAACUACAGCUGAUCAACCAACUGUCAUCAUCGAAGAACAAAAACAAGUUUUACCGUUGAAUGAACAUAUUACUGAAACGAAAUCACCGGAAGAUGUAAUAACAAUAAUUAUUGAAGAUAUACCUUCUAUUAAUAUGAAUGAACAAUUAGAACAGUCCACAAUGACAAUUGAAGGUACAACACAGCAACAAAUGAUUACAUCAACCAUUGAAAAUAUAGAAUUCAAACCAUCAGGUACACCCAACAAAGAAACUAUGAUAACACAUGUUGAACAUAAUCAUACAAAUACAGAAAAUAAUAAACUAGAACAAUCUUCAAUUGUUCAACUAACAACAUCUGUAUUAUUAAAUGAAGAAAAUUUACGAAAUACAAUAAAUGUUGUGAAUCACGAAAAUUCAGUUGCAUCUAAUGAAACUUUAGAACAAUCGAUAGUAGAAAUUGAAGAAAUUGAACAAUUCAGCGAGAAUAAUUCUUCUGUUAAUACAAAUAACUUAGUAGAACAAUCCGUCAAUAUUGAAUCAAUACAAUCUUUAUCAUUAAGUAAAGUACUUGAACAAACAGUAAUAACAAAUAUCGAUAAUGAUCGCAUUAUAGUCAGUGAAAAAUUAGAACAACACACAGCCGCUCAAUCAGUACAGGGUAAUGAAAUGUUACACGAAAAGACGAGAAUGAAAUCUAUGGAAAAUUAUUCACCAAGUGUUACUAGUAAAAAAUUAGAAAAACCUACAGUUAUAGAACUACCACAACCUAUUCCAUCAAAUGAAGACGCUAAUAGAUCAAUAAUUGAAAACCAAAAGUUCAUUGGCGUGACGAAAACCUCAACGCAAAGUGCAUCCUCAUUUCAAGAACAUAAAUUUUCUGCUACCUUAAAUGAACAAUUAUUACGACCGACGAGUAUUGCUAAUCAAUCAGAGCGACAUACAUUUGUAUCUAGAGCAACAACUGAAACAGCAUUCAAAGGUGACUCGUAUGCUUCUGUGGUUCGUAGACAAUCACCGAAACCAACUAAUGAACCGCGAAAACCUGCAAGUUCACUUAAAAAACAAGAAUCUUCUAUAGAAACAAUGCAAGAAUUCGUUCCACCGGUAGCGAUGCCAUGGAAGCCUAGGCAAUAUAUUCAAACAAACAAUAAUAUUAAACAAUUUACUUUAACAAGUACCAUUCGAGAAACACAAAACUCUGAUAUUAUAUCCGUUAAAAAACAAGAACCAAUAAAGACUGUUAUUGAAGAAAGAUCUACUAUCUCAGUAGUAUCCAAUGUAGAAGAUCAGAUACUUUCACAGGAACGUAAUACUUCGAACCGUUCUGGUACUGGUAAAAGAAAGUCGAGAAAACAAUCAGCUGACGUGGAAAGUUCAUUGCAACAUAUCGAAAAAUCAUUACCCUCUUCUAAUACAGAAAUUAUUGUUUCCCAACAACAGAAAAGUAAAGCGGAAUCAGAAAUUAAAACUUUAUUAACAACGGAUAAAAAAUUAUCUGUUAAAGAUAAAUCUACUCAGCCUAAAAAACCUCGAAGUUCCACGAAUUCACAAUCUCUUAAACGCAAAAAUGAACCCAAAUCAACAACUACGCCAGCUGAAAAACUUUCAUCUCCCAUAGUUUCAACGCCAUUAAGAGCUAAUCGUAAUGCAUUUGUUAUUAUCCGAGAGAGCAUCCAAGAACGAAAAAUCCUUGGAUUCGCGUGUGUGUUUAUUCUUAUUGUUUUUGCUUUUAUGUUGACUAAAGCCUUUUUGUGUAAUUAUUCAUUUCAACGUAUAACAGCCUAUAGAUGGCUAUCAAAAACUCAUCAACCUUCUCUUUUUGAACCAAAAUGGGCAUCAAUAUUUGCUGAAGCAACAACAAACUCAUAUCUAUCAUCACCAUCAUCAGAUAGUAAUGAAAAACCAUUUGUUAUGCUUUUUCCACCGCCAAACGUCACUGGAACUGUUCAUUUGGGCCAUGCAUUAACUGCAUCCGUUCAUGAUUGUCUUUUAAGAUGGCAUGCAAUGCAAAAGAAAUCCUAUGCUCGUUGUAUACCUGGUUAUGAUCAUGCUGGUAUUGCUACACAGGUUAUAGUUGAAAAGCAUCUUGCUCCCCGAACACGUGAAGACUUAGGACGAGAAAAAUUCCUUGAAGAAUGCUACCGAUGGUCUUCAACUUAUCGACAAACAAUUGAAACACAAUUAAAACGUUUGUGUCCAUUAUUCGAUUGGCCAAAUGCUUAUUUUACAAUGGAUCGAAAUCUUGUUGAAAAUGUCCGUGAUUCAUUUUUACGUUUGUAUGACGACGGUCUUAUUUAUCGCGAUCGACGUAUUGUGAAUUGGUGUUGCAAACUUCAAUCAGUUGUUAGUGAUAUUGAAGUUGAUUCAAAAGAAAUUAAUGGACGAACAAAAUUUUCAAUACCUGGCUAUUCAAAAGAGAUUGAACUAGGUGUACUUUAUAAUAUCGCAUAUAGAGUUAUAGAUGAAGGACAAAAUAAAGAAAUUAUUGUUAGUACAACACGACCAGAAACAAUCUUAGCUGAUACAGGCAUUGCUGUUCAUCCAAUGGAUCCUCGUUAUUCAUCGUUUAAAAAUAAAUUCGUUCAAAAUCCAUUUGACCCUCAACAUCGUUUACCGAUUAUAUUCGACGAACGCGUUGACCAGAAUUUUGGUACUGGCGCAGUUAAAUUAACGCCUGGUCAUGAUGCAUUCGAUUAUGCACUAGCAAUAAAACAUAAACUUGAAAUUCGAACGAUGUUAAAUGAUCAAGGUUAUGCACAACUCGAUUUAAAUCAUCCUUUCUAUCAUCAAUUAAAUAGUUUACAUCGUUAUGAUGCACGCGAGAAAGUUCUUCAAUUGCUUGAAAAUCAAGGAUUAAGACGAGGAGAACAAGAACAACCGAAAAUGAUCGUACCUGUAUGUAGUCGGACAGGUGAUAUCAUAGAACCAAUGAUUAAAGAACAGUGGUUUUUGGAUACGAAUGAAAUGAGUCGACAAGCUUCAGCUGUCGUCGAAAACAAUACUCUAAAACUAACACCGCCAUCGACUCGUAAAGUAUGGAAGUAUUGGCUUGAUAAUACUCGGCCAUGGUGUUUAUCAAGGCAACUUUGGUGGGGACAUUCUAUACCUAUGUAUCGAUGUUCAAUAAAUGGCAAUUUAUCUGAAUAUAAAUGGAUUGGUGCAAAGUCACUUGAAGAAGCAAAACAAAAAGCUACGCUAUUAUUCCCAGAUAUUCCGUCAGAUUCAAUUCAUAUUGAACAAGAUCAAGAUGUACUUGACACAUGGUUUUCAUCAGGUUUAUUGCCUAUGUCAGUUUGUAAUAAAGAAAAUUCAAAAGAAUUUCCAACAGCAUUACUUGAAACCGGUUAUGAUAUUAUGUUCUUUUGGGUUGCUCGGAUGGUUAUGCUUAGUCUUAAACUAACGAAUCAAUUGCCAUUUCAUGAAGUUCUUUUUCAUGGACUAAUUUGUGAUCCCAAUGGAAAAAAAAUGUCAAAAUCAUUAGGUAAUAUAAUUGAUCCCAUGGAUGUUAUUAAUGGAAUAAGUCUUCAAUCGUUGCAAGCACGUCUUGAACAAUCGCAUCUAUCACGCAAUGAAAUUGAACGAGCUAAACGUAUACAAUCUACGCAAUACCCAUCGGGCAUUCAACCGAUAGGAUCCGAUGGUCUUCGCCUUUUUCUUUUGUCUUACGAUAUAUUUCAACAGGCCAUACGUUUCGAUCCAGCACAUUUCGAUUAUGUUGCACGUUAUUGUAAUAAAGUUUGGAAUGCUUAUAAAUAUGUUACAGAAUUUGCCUUAGCUGAUAUGGAUUUUCGUGAUGAAAAUUUAUCGAAAAUAAAUUAUGAACAAAUAGAAAAAUUAGUAGAAAAUCGUCUUGUCGAUCGUUGGAUGUUGAACGAAUUAAAUAAAACCAUAGGAAAAAUUAAUGAAUCUUUAAAUAAUUAUACAUUUCAUUUGGCUGUUGUUCGUUUACGUGAUUCAUUCAUAAAAGAUUUUUGUGAUUUUUAUAUUGAAUUUAGUAAAAUUCCUAUAAAACAACAAUUAACAAGCAAUAAUAAAUCCAGCGUUCAGAUAUUACUAUACUACUUACUAAAACAAUAUCUUAUUCUUUAUCAUCCAUUUUUACCAGCUAUGACAGAAGAAUUAUGGCAAGAUUUAACACACGGAAAACAAGGUUAUCUUAUUCAUCAGUCAUAUCCGUCGAUGAAAAAUAUCGAAAACAUCAAUUCAAUUGAUUCUCAAGUGAUCCAAAUUAUUCGUAUAAUUCUAAAAAAUGCAACAUAUUUCAAACAAAUGCUUCGUUUAUCACGUGAUUGUGAUAUUAUCGUUUAUUUUCAUGAUAAAGAUCAAGUAGAUCUAUCAACACAUAUCGAAACUUAUCUAUCGGAAAUUCGUACAAUAACACGAAUGAAUAAUAUUCAUGUUUGUAGUUCUUCAUCAUCGAACAAUUCUUUGAAUUUAUCGAAAUUUUCUUUUCGCGAUCAUGUUACUGAUGAUAUCGAACUUAUAUUUAAUUUACAUGAUAAUAAACAAACGCGAGAUCUAGUCGAAAAACAUGAAGAGCGAUUAAGUAAACAAGUUAGUAAAUUACACGAUGACAUAGAUGCUAAUGAUACAGCUGUAAAAUAUUAUCAAGAAAAUAACGACCUUGAAAAUGUUGAACGUGAACAGCGUCGAAACGAAAUUUUACUUGAAGAAAUUAAAUUAACUCAGCAACGACACGAAAGAUUUGUUGAAAUAGCUCAAAAGCGAACAAUUGUUGAAAAAAAGAAAAAAAACGCAUAG